AUGGCGCCGUACCCCUUCAUCCUCGUAACUCCCGCCACGCGGGGGCUCUCUCUUGCCCUCACGCGCCAUUACUUGCGGACUACAGACCUGCCCGUUUUUGCAACCUACCGCAGCGGCUCGGCGGAGGAGGCGUCCACCCGUAUACUGUCCACCCUCCACGUCGACAAGGACCGGCUCAAGACGUUGAAGCUAAACCUUCUCGAGGAGUCGAGCAUUUCAGAUGCAGCGGAUGAACUCGGCCGUGCUGUACCCCGCGGCGCCGAACCAUACCUCCAUACCGCCUUCUUCACUGGUGGGAUACUAUACCCCGAACGCAAGGCUGCCGCCCUCGACCUCGCGCAGAUUCGCGAGACCUUCCAAGUGAACGCUAUUUCGCAUAUGCUCUGCAUCAAAUACUUCUCUCGCUUCCUUCCGCACGCGCGUACAGUCCCGAAGGGUCACUUGUCGAAGUGGGUGCACGUCUCUGCACGCGUUGGAUCGGUGUCGGACAACAAGCUCGGCGGGUGGUACUCGUACAGGUCGUCGAAAGCGGCGCUAAAUCAAGUCGUGAAGACUUUCGACCGCGAGCUUCAGCACAAGAAGACUGCUGGCUUGGCCAUCGCUGUCCAUCCUGGGACCGUACAGACGGAUCUCAGCAAAGAGUUCUGGGAGAAUGUGCCGGCGAACAAGCUGUUUACGCCCGAGUACGCGGCUGAACAACUGGCGGAAGUCGUAGCGGGGCUGACGGCAAAGGACAGAGGCAAGGUCUGGGAUUGGAAGGGCGAAGAGAUCAUUCCAUGA